UUAAACAAACAAUAACGAUGUGUUAGAUUUGAUACUUAAUUUGUUGUACUUCUUACUUUUCUAGUAUUUUAUUUAUCGCACUUAUCUUGAUUCUAAUAAUUUGAACUAUCUUUAUGAGUUUAUAAUAGUUGAUGAUAUUGAAAUAUGAAAAAUUAACCCUUGAUCAUUGAAUAGAUGUUUAUCAAUAAUUUUAAACAUUUGACUAUCCCGCGUUUGUUUCUGCAAAAAUAUUUAAUACCACCUAUCAUAACAUAUAACAUACGCAGCGUCAUUGUCACUUAGCAUCUGGUUCCUGCGAAGCAACUGUCCACUUGAUAUAAUUAUUUUUUCUAUCGAUAUUUAUUUAAUUUCACCUUAAUUUAUUGUUUCAUUUCAAACCAGUUACAUUCUUUGUGGUCCAAAGUUACUGUUUAUCGAGUCACCAAUAUCAAUAAUGAUAAAUUUUCCACCAUUAACCGGCUCUGACGGCAGUGCACAAGCCGAGGAGUGGUUGAUUCCUCAAUCAACAAAGUUAAAAUACACUCAACUAUUCAAUACACACGAUCUUACUAGAACUGGAUUUAUUUCUGGACCACAAGCAAGGAAUAUUUUUCUUCAAUCUGGUCUUCCUCAAAAAGUGCUAGCUCAAAUAUGGGCUUUAGCAGAUUAUGAUGUUGAUGGAAGACUAACUUGCGAAGAGUUUAUUCUGGCAAAUUAUCUUAUUGAGCGUGUACAGCGAGGUGAACAAAUACCCACAGUUUUACCUCCUGAAUUAGUGCCACCAGCCCAAAGAAAAUCAAGUGUUGGUUCUGCAUAUUCACCUCCCAAUGGCUUAAAUGAAUGGGCGAUUCCUCAAGCAACAAAGUUAAAAUACACUCAAAUAUUUAACACACAAGAUCUUACUAGAACUGGAUUUAUAUCUGGACCACAAGCAAGGAAUAUUCUUCUGCAAUCUGGUCUUCCUCAAAAAGUGCUAGCUCAAAUAUGGGCUUUAGCCGAUCAGGAUGUUGAUGGAAGACUAACCUGUGAAGAAUUUAUUCUAGCAAACUAUCUUAUUGAGCGUGUACAGCGAGGUGAACAAAUACCUACAGUUUUGCCUCCUGAAUUAGUGCCACCGACCCAAAGAAAAGCCAGUGUUGGUUCUGCAUAUUCCCCAUCUAAUGGUUUAAAUGAAUGGGCAAUUCCUCAGUCAACAAAGUUAAAAUACACCCAAUUAUUCAAUUCGCAUGAUCAAACUAGAACAGGAUUCAUUUCUGGGCCACAAGCAAGGAAUAUUCUUCUUCAAUCGGGUCUUCCUCAAACAGUUCUAGCUCAAAUAUGGGCUCUAGCUGAUUAUGAUGUUGAUGGGAGAUUAACUUGUGAAGAAUUCGUUCUAGCAACUUAUUUAAUUGAUAUUGUAAAAGCAGGUAGUCCUUUGCCUACAGCGUUACCUCCAGAAUUGAUUCCACCUAGCCAACGUAGACGAUCAUCAUCCGUUACCUCACAAUCAUCUGUUACCUCACGCGGUCUUGCUACAUCAGCCAGUCUCAUCGGAUCAUUAGAUGAGAUCAAUGUUGGAGCUGAUAGUAAGAAUAAUAUUACUACUUUUGAAGACAAAAGGCGAGAAAACUUUGAAAAAGGUCAAGCUGAACUAAUAAAACGACGUCAAAUGUUACUUGAACAGCAAAAAAGACAAGAAGAAGAACGUGAGAAGAAGGAAAGAGAAGAACAUGAAAAGAGAGAACGAAUAAGGUUGGAAAAGGAAAAAAGGAAACAACAAGAAUUAGAGAAACAAUUACAAAGACAAAGAGAACUCGAAGCUGCUAAAGAGGAAGAAAGGCUUAAGCAACUGGAGCAGAGAGAAGCUGCUCGACGCGAAAUGGAAAGACUCAGAAUGAUUGAACUGGAAAAUCAAAGAAAACAAGAGAUGCUUAAUCAAGAACAGGAAACUGCAGCUCAGUUAAAAUCCAAGAAAAAGAGUUUGAUGAUCGAUUAUGAACAAGUUUGUAACCAAUUUAAUCAAUUACAAGAGCAAGUGAAUGAAUCAAGGAAAAAAGUUAAUGACUGCAAGACGGAAAUUGACAAAAUGAGAGCUGAACGAGAUGUCAAAUUGAAAGAAAUCAAUUUUCUUAAAACUCAGAUGAAAACCCUACAAGAUCGACAACUUUUAAUUGAACAAGAUAAAAUCAGUUUUUCAGCGCAGUUGAAAGAUCUAGCUACUAACAAUAUUACUGGUAUUACUGACUCUGCCCAGUUUGCACUUCAAAAUAAAAAGAUAAAAAUUUCACAACUCAAAACCCAAAUUGAAGAAUGUGAAAAAGAAAAACUGUCGAAAAGUAAAGAUAUGCAAAACAAAAGUGCUGAACUCAGACAGUUGAAGGAAAAGUUUGAAACGUUAAUCAGUAGGGUUAAGGCCUUACAGGAAACUUAUGACCGUCAAAUACAAACAGCUAAUGAAAUUGUCAAGAGUAAACAGAAACAGAUAGAUAAACCUGUCGAAAGUGCUUGGAGUGAACAAGGAAAUGAUGCCUGGAAUACCGCUCAUGAUGCAUGGCCAACUACCGAUACCAAUUCCAACUUUGACGCUUUCUCAGCUGACUUUCAAGCUAGUUUUCCAGCAAGUACAACACAAAAUUCUGAUCCAGGGACUAAAUACCGUGCAGUUUUUGCUUUUGAAGCUAGAUCUCAAGAUGAAUUGACAAUUAAAGAUGGUGAUAUUAUUAUAGUUAGGCCUGACCCAAAUGCUGCACCCGGUUGGUUACAGGGUGAACUUGAUGGAAAGAUUGGUUGGUUCCCUGAGGCUUAUGUUGAACCUUUAGAAUCAACGGAAACUCCAAUUCUGCAAGCUCAGGAUGCUUUCCCUGAGCCUGAAGUAGCUUCAGAUACUUUAUUCAGACAACAAGUUAGCACAUUCGAAGAGUCUAAACCUAUUGACUCAGGAUUCUUGGAUAACCUUACAACAGCAGUAGCAACAACAACAACAACAACAACAGAAACUCCUGCAGAGACUUAUAUUGACAUAAGCAUGCGAAGUUUCCCAUUGAAUGCAGUAGCAUUAUAUGAAUGGUCAACAUCCGAACCUAAUCAUUUGACAAUCAAUAAAGGAGAUAUUAUCAAUGUUAAACAGCUCAAAGAUGAGUGGCUUUUAGGAGAAAUUGUUGACAGAAGAGGGUGGUUCCCAAAGUAUAUCGUUAAACCUAUUUCAGGAAAUAUUGCAUCUGAAACAGACUUAGAACCCAUAUAUCAUGUUUCAAUGUAUCCAUUCCAAUCUUUAGAGAUUGGAGAUCUUGCAUUCGAAGCCGGUGAAUUAAUCAAAGUAAUCAAAAAAGAAGGAGAUUGGUGGUCAGGUGAAAUCACACCUGAUCGUAUUGGUAUAUUCCCAUCUAAUUAUGUCAGAGAAGCUAUGGUUGAAGAAUUGCCGAUACCAUCAACUUUUGCACCUCCACUUGCGGUGCCUGUGACAAAGACAAUAAGUUUAGAGAGGAAGGACUCGGAUACUCCAUCUCGAUCAGAAUUUGCGGCUAGUCCAGCUCGUUCUGUUGAUAGUCCCAAAUUAAAGAAGGGUAAACUUAAAAAACCAGAAAUCGUUCGUGUUAUAGCUCCUUAUAAAGCAACUGGGCCUGAACAGCUAAACUUAGAAAAAGAUCAGCUAAUUCAAGUUCGCAAAAAGAAUGCAUCUGGCUGGUGGGAAGGAGAAAUUCAAAUCAAAGGACAGAAACGUCAAAUUGGAUGGUUCCCUGCAUCAUAUGUAAAAUCUUUAUCUGGUUCUGGUGCCGGCUCUGGAGGAAGUUCAGCUCGAUCAACUCCAGAUCCAAAUAAAGCAGAGAGUGAAACAAUUGAGAAAGUCAUGUCUUUGUACCCAUUCGUGGCUCAACAUGAUGAUGAACUUAGUUUUCAAGCCAACGAGGUGAUUAAAGUUCUUUCCAAGGAUGAUCCUACUUGGUGGAAAGGGCAACUAGAAUCAAACAAUGCAAUUGGAGUUUUCCCAUCUAAUUAUGUUCAAAGUUUGGCUGAUGCAAAUUUUAGUAGAUACAGUCCAAUAAGUAAUGGUGACCAAUUGAAUGGAAGUUCAAAUGAGCGACAAAAUGAAGACGAACGUCAAAAACCAAUACAAGAAUUGAUUGCAACCGAAGAAGUUUAUGUACAUGAUUUAAAGAAUGUAAUUAGUGUAUUUGAAAAGCCAUUACGGCGAUCCAAUGUGAUAUCGAGUGAAUCAUUAGACACAAUUUUCCUCAACUGGACUAGUUUACUUGAAUUCAACUCUAAAUUUCUGCAAGCUUUACUCGAACGGCGUGCCUAUUAUUUGCAAAAUAGUGAUGGAACUGUUGAACUGAUUGGUGAUAUUAUUGUUGAAUAUAUUCCUGGAAUGAUUGAUAUCUAUAUUGGCUUUUGUAGUCACCAGUUGAAAGCUGCUAAAUUGUUGCAAAAGAAGACUGAGAAUGAUGAAGCAUUCCGAGAAUUGGCAAAAAAAUGCUCAAUGAACAGGAAAACAAAUGGCCUACCAUUAGGAGCUUAUCUGCUUAAACCAAUGCAGAGGAUAACCAAAUAUCCUUUAGUUGUAAAGAAAAUUUUAUCAAAUACUCCAAAUGAUCAUCCAGAUCGUGAAUCUUGCGAACGAGCUUAUGAGUUGGCACAAAAUUUGUGUGAUGCGGUUAAUGAAGCCUGUCGAAGUCAAGAAAAUGAAGAGCGUCUUGAUUGGAUUCAAAAUCACGUUAAAUGUGAAGGCAUCGAUCAAAAUAUUCAUUUCAACUCAAUGACCAAAUUUAUGGGACCACGUUUGAUCUUAAAUUCAGGAUGUUUAACCAAAGUCAACUCUGGCAAAGAAUUAGUCGCCUUUUUGUUCAAUGACUUUUUCCUCUUAACUGUACCUGUUAAUCAAUCUGCUCGUUUCAAUAAUCUUUGGGCUUCUGAAAAGGGAAUGGCUAACUCAUACAGAAUGUACAAAAGGCCAAUAUUUUUAAAUGACAUGGAGCUAGUUGAUGAUGCGACACUCCAAUCAGUUCCCAACGGAAUACUGAACUCAUCACCAUCAUUUACUUCCCCAUUUUCCUCUGAGAACCUGAAUUUCAUUUUGAAGAUAAAAUCAACGGAACGGGUUUAUACUUUCAAAGCGACAUCUAAUAAUGAUCGAAACAAUUGGAUACGCAGUAUAAAUCUGGCUAAGCAUGAAUAUUCAGAAAAGCUUGGUCAACGUAGAAGUCGUUUAAGUUUAUCUUUAAACGAACCUCCAGGAAAUGGUAUCGGUCGAUUACUGGUAACGGUAUUAGAAGCUGUCCAAUUAUUUACUCGUAAUUCAACACUAAAUAGUUAUUGCCGUGUUAGCGUUGGGGACAAAUCUUCCGAUCAAUCAAAAUAUAGACAAAUUUCCGAAACCAAAGUAGCCAGAUCUUGUUUCCCCACCGAAAGAGAUAAAACAAACAACCAUGGAUUGGUGCUAUUUACAGCAAAUUGGAAUUAUUCAAUGCAAUUUAUUCUGAAAGAACCUCUUCAAAAUACUUUUUUAACAUUAGCUUGUUUUGAUGAAGAUCCAUUUGCUCCAGAUUUACUUAUCGGACAAAGCACUCUAUCACUUGACGAUCUUGCGGAAGAGAUUAAAGACACGACUGCUCGACCACUGACCAAAGCAUGUAAACUAAAAUGUGCUGAUAAAAUUGGCAUGAACAUAAACCCAGUCGUCUAUUUGAAAUUAGACUUGCUACUUUUUUAAAUGCUCAAUCUUGAAUGGUUUUCAUUUGCUUUAAGAUUGCUCACUUUAUUAUUUAUUUAUUUUUCUAGCUGUAACAUACUUAGCCACCAACACUUUGUACUUAAUGUGUAGACAACACUUGUCACUUGAUCAUACUCACAAUUCAAUCAUCAUUUAUACCAUUCAAUUAAAUUUGAUUCAAUUACCAUGUAAA